AUGCCACAUAUUUUUGGAACAUCAGUGGCUUCAAGACAUGAUAGAUCAUUAGCGGAAAAUACAGGAUACACUCAAUUAAAAGGUAACAAAUUAAAAGAUCGAAAUGGGACUCCAGCAAGUGUGGGGAGCCAACCAAGAGGAACCCCCCACAACGGGUUAAAAGUGAACACUGAGACAAUCAGACCAACGAAACAAGCAUUAAAGAGUAGCUCUGCGCAUGCUGGAAUGAGCGUUAAAAAUGAAAAGAACAGAUCAGUCGGAUACACAUUGAAGAGUGCUCCUCAUACCGAUCUAAACAUUAAUAAAAAAGCGGAAGGAAUGCCAGAUAAUCCCUUAACUAAAUCCCCUCCUAGUGGAUUAAAAGCUAACAUAAAGGAUCAGUCAGCGACCCAUUCAUUGAAAAGUUCUCCUCCUACCGGGUUACAAGCUAACAAAAAGGAUGAAUUAGCUAACGGUACAUUGAAGGAUACCCCUCAAAGUAAACCGAACGUUAGUAAAAAGGAUAAAUCGGGAAAUAAUUCACUAGGGAAUGCCAAACAAAGUGCAUCAAAGGUUAAUAAAAAAGCUGAUGUAACACGAGACAAUCCACCAGUUGGAACUACCCCUCCUGAAUUAAAAAUUAACAAAAGAACGAAAAGGUCAACAGGUCAUUUAUUGCAGGAUGUUCAAAAACCUCCCCUAAGAAAAGGGAACACAAUAAAAAAUGGAUCAACGAAUUCCACAUUAAAGGGAGAUCAUAUGGGAGGACUAAAAGUUAAUAAUAAAUCGAUCAGAUCAACCGUUCAGCCCCUGACGGGGUCUUCCCCCACUGGCUUAAAGGUUAGUAACGAUGAAGUCCGAUCAGUGGACAGUCCUGCAAAGUUAGCCCCCCCUAGCAAAUUAAACGUCAGUAAAAAAGAAAAGACAAUGCAAAAUUCUCUGAAAAGGGCAAUCCCUAGUGGGUUAAAAGUCAGCAAAAAAGGGGAACAGACAACUAACUCACCAGAGAAAGCACUUCGUGAAAAAGUCAACAAAAAAGGAGAACAGACAACUAACUCACCAAAGGAAACACCCACGGAUGCAUUAAAAGCCAAACCAGCAAAUCAUUCUUCAGGGAAAGCGAAAUCACCCGAAUCGGAGGAUAAUGCAAAAAACGAUGAGUUACCCGCGCAACAACUCAGCGAAUUACCCGCUAACCAGAAAGACAACAAAACUACUGAAAGUACACCAAUGCAAGUAUCAAGGAACCAAUUAAAUGAGAAAAAAAAAAGAGAGAAACCAAAAAAUUAUCCAUUCAAAAAUGCCCCCCCUAGUGGAAUAGUGGGGAGUAAAAGAAUGAACCAAUCGAGUGAUUAUAAACUGAAAAAUAAACCACCCAGUGGACUGGUAGGAAACCAAAAAGACACGGAAUCGAAAACUUAUCCUUUAAAAAAUAUUCCCAAAAGUGAUUUAACAGAUAAGCAGAAAGAGUCACCAAACAAUGUGCUAAAAAAUAUACCUGCUGGUGAACAAAAAGAGAAUGAAAAAAAUGUCAUAAAGGAAUCUAUUACAUUCCAAAAAAAUAAACGCGAAUAUGAAGUAAACUUACGUGAAUGGGAAGGAGAUAAUAAAAAAUAUGAAACGAAAGUGUACAAAUUGAAAAGAGGCAAACAUUUUAAUGACAAUGAAGACGGAGUCAUAUAUGGAAUAAACGAUAAACUAACUCUUGAACUCCAAGAAUUUGAAACAUAUAAUAAACCAUUAUACCCCUUCAAGAGGAAACUUCCCGAAUUAAAAGAAUAUAACGAAAGUAACAUAUCAAAAGAUUAUCAACUGAAAAACAGGCCACCUGAGUUAAAGAAAUAUAACGAAAGUAACGUAUCGAAGGACUACCAAUUGCAGAACAAACCACACGACUUAAAAGCAUAUAAUGAAAGUAACCUCGCAAAGGAAAAUCAAUUAACACAUAGUGCACCUACAGGAUUAAAAGAAUUCGAAAAGCCGGACGAAACAAGGGAUUAUGGAUUAAAGGGGCACACAGAUUCGGAAUUAAACGAACCAAAAAUGAAAGAGCCAGAAAUAAAAGAACCAAAAAUUGAUGAUCAAUCAAGUAAUGAAGCAACGGAGGGAAAUGUAAAUGCCCUGCCAGGCGAAACCGUAACUACUGUAGCAAGGGUAAAUAAUGCUAAUAAGCAAGGUAACAAUUUUGGAAUAUCAGGAAAUAUUCCCUCCGAUGUAGAGCGAAUCGAAAGAACUGUUCAAACUGUUUUCUGUGCCCUCAAGGAAAAUGACACAGGGGAGGUAGAAGAAUAUAUAGAAACACAUGAAACGAAACGUUAUAAAUUAAAAGCAGAUGUAAAGGACGGGGUAAAGGAAUAUGAUGAAAAAUUUGAAAAAGCGUCCUACGGAUUUAGAGAAAAGCUCCCAGUUACGGAAGUGAAAGAGUACGAUGUUGUCGAAAGAAUAUAUGAAAAACCAAUAAAAGAUAAAAAAGAAAAAAUUAAGCCUCUAGAAUAUUACACAUACACUUAUGAUGAAUCAAAACCUAGACCGCCACCAAAAAAUUAUGGAUUAUUAGAUCUUUUCCCCUUUCCGUUGCACCUUUUGGAUCGUCAUGUAUACUUGGUAGCAAAAGAGCAUUCGUCCUUAUACGAAUUGGGGAAAAAAGCUAUAAAAGGUCAGUUAACCCAAGAAAUGAUCGAUGAGUAUCUUGCUAAUUGUGAGAAACAAAGACUGAAGGAAGGAAAGGUGAGAAACAAGCACAAAUUAAGAAUUAAAGAACAGAAAAGAAAGGAAAAGAAGAAAAAAAAGAGGAAGAAGGAAAAGGAGGCGUAUUUUAAAAUGAAGAGGAAACAAGCAAAAUUGGCGCGAAAGGAGAUGGCGAAGGCGGGGGGGAAAAAGGCUCAGGAGAAAGAGGCUGAGGCAAAAAAGCCUGAAGUAAAAAAAACUGAGGCAAAAAAGCCUAAAGUAGACAAAACUGAAGUAAAAAAAACCGUGGUGAAGAAAACUGGGGUAAAUAAAACUGAGGCAAAAAAGCCUAAAGUAGACAAAGCUGAAGUAAACAAAAAUGCGGUAAAGAAAAACAAUGAGCAGAAAAAGAAACCUCAAGAGGGAAUGAGCAAAACGAGUGAACUGAAAAAAAAAUAG